GGUAGGCGGUAGACAGGGCUGAGGGUUGCUGCGUGCGGGAGAGAGGGCCGAGGGUGGCCCGGUGAGGUCCACAGAGCCCUGGGGCGUGCCUCCGUCCUGGGCACGGGGCGCGCUGGCAGGGUUCUGGCUGCCGGCCCGGCCGCCGGAGGAGCUGCUAUGGCCGGAGCUCAUUUUUAUUGCAGCCGAGGCAGGGGCCAGUUUUGAAUCCUGUAUUCUCCUCGGGUAGCAUUUUAAGGGAAUCCGUUUCUCUCGUUCUUCACCUGCGGAUUCAUCUCUCCUACCUCCUGCCGGUGUUUUUCCAUCUUGGGUGGCCGCAUCCUCUCACGCAGUCAGUUCAAGAGGACGUUUUAAACUCUGUGGCAAGCACCCAGCUUAUUUAUGGCCCGGUAAAGUGUCAAGUCGAGCGGUUGCGGUGGAGAGCAUCGCACAUGUUUAGAAUCUUAAUGCCACUCAUCAAUUCUGUAGAGCAUGUAGACUUUUAACUCCAGAUGAGAGUUAGCACGAAACCUUUACAAUUGUGAUUUACCCACUUGAUAUGUUACCCGGUUGGAAAGAAGCUUGGCGCCUUAUCCAUCCAAGUACAGAUCAACGAAAGCUCCUUCUGCAAGCGGUUUUAAAUGGCUUCCUUUGGGUGGAAGAGGAGAAUUGGCGAGAAGGUAUCCAAGGCCACGUCCCAGCAGUUUGAAGCAGAAGCAGCUGAUGAGAAGGAUGCAGCUGAGAACGAGGAUGGGAACUGGCUUCAGGCCAGCAAACGGAGGAAGGAAACCCUGCAGGAGGGCUGUAAACAGAGGAGCCAGCAGCUGAAGGAUGAAGGGGCUCAGCUGGCUGAAAACAAACGAUACAAGGAGGCAAUUCAGAAGUGGGAUGAAGCACUACAGCUAACCCCAGAUGAUGCCACCCUUUAUGAGAUGAAAUCACAGGUCCUGCUGUCUCUUCAUGAAAUGUUUCCAGCAGUCCAUGCAGCAGAGAUGGCUGUCAAGCGUAACCCACACUCGUGGGAGGCGUGGCAAACUUUAGGUCGAGCUCAGCUUGGAUUAGGAGAGAUAGUCCUGGCAAUUCGAAGCUUUCAAGUAGCCCUGCACAUAUAUCCGAUGAACCCUGAACUCUGGAAGGAAGACCUUUCUUGGGCCAGAAAGCUCCAAGAACAGCAGAAAGUAGCCCAGAGGAUUGAAAACAAAGAAAUGCCCCCGGAAGGCCCAGACCUCUCUCCAGGGUCCAUCCCAGACUAUGACUUUGAAAGCGAUGAGAUUGUUGCUGUUUGUGCAGCCGUGGCAGAAAAACAGAAGUCGGUGUCUGCAAAUAAAACAAUGGUUAUUGUGUCGGCGUCUGGGACUGUAGAGAUCGUAAACGAGAAGGAAGAGGGCUCUUCCACCCCAGAUGGCUCCAUCUUUAUCAAAGCCCGGUGAAGCCAUACACAAUGGAGAGGUGUUUGAAUCUUUUCCUUUUUGUUUGUUUGCUACUUAAUGUUUUGAUGACAUAGGGAUAUGCACUGUGGAGGAAGAGGGGAAAAAAGAAAUCCUGUUUUAAAACGAUUUUUUUUAGGUGAAACAUACAAAAAUCAAGUUGUGGAAUUAUUCUUUAGUGAGUGGACUGUGCUUCUGUAACUUCAAUAUAUAUACUUAAGGUUAGCAUCUUAUGUGAAAUGUGUUUUGAUUGAUAAGCAUUUAAUUUGACUGUAUGGGAAAGUACCCUUAAAGGCACAGUUUGGAAAGUGUGUUCUUGAAUAGUGUGUCUUGACAGGCGUGUUACUACAGUGCUGACACGGAGACUUUGCUUUGUGAUAAAGGAAGAAGUGUGCGGUUUCUUUCCCUCCUGUAAAUCUGCUGUUGUCAUUCUCCCAUUUUUCUUGCUUCACCAGUGUAAGUUUUCAUCAAGAUUGAAUAUUGCUGACAUUCUUUUGGAUUCAAAGUUAUUGCUUUGUUAUAUGUGAAUAUUUGAAAUAUUUCAAGUUUGCCUAAAAAUGCAUGCAGAUGUAUGUGUCCUGAACAUUUCUUUGAAGGUUUCGUUGUUCUUGUUGUUGUUCUAAUGUUCUAAUUUGUGCUUCUGUUUUGACUUUAAAGUUAAAAAGUGUUAAGUGUCUUCUUCAGUACUUGAUAACUGGAUACCGGUGUGUCAGAGAUGGAUUCAUUUUACUGUCAAGAUUGAGUCAUCUUUACCACAAGUCAGUCCUUUGUCAAGAUGAAUGGCAUUUGCAGAUUGUCAGUAAAGUCUAUUCCUGCAUUAUCCUGGUC